ACGUUUUCCUUUUUAGCAUUAUUCAGGACUUGAAGAAGCUGUUUACAGGAACAUCCAGGCAUGCAAAGAACUUGCUCAAACCACCCGUACAGCUUAUGGACCAAAUGGAAUGAACAAAAUGGUUAUCAACCACCUGGAGAAGCUUUUUGUUACAAAUGAUGCUGCCACUAUCUUGAGAGAGCUGGAGGUUCAGCAUCCUGCUGCAAAAAUGAUUGUGAUGGCUUCCCACAUGCAAGAGCAAGAAGUUGGAGAUGGUACAAACUUUGUCCUUGUUUUUGCUGGAGUCCUCCUGGAGUUAGCAGAGGACCUUCUCAGAAUGGGAUUAUCAGUCUCGGAGGUGAUUGAAGGAUAUGAAAAAGCUUGCAAGAAAGCGCUAGAAAUUCUUCCUGACUUGGUGUGCUGUUCUGCAAAGAACCUUCGAGAUGUUGAAGAAGUAGCUUCUUUGUUGCAUACUUCAGUGAUGAGUAAACAGUAUGGCAAUGAAAAUUUUCUGGCAAAGCUUAUUGCGCAGGCCUGUGUUUCUAUUCUCCCUGAUUCUGGUCAUUUCAACGUUGACAAUAUCAGAGUGUGCAAAAUUGUGGGGGCUGGCAUCUCUGCUUCAUCUGUACUGCAUGGCAUGGUUUUUAAAAAAGAAACGGAAGGAGAUGUUACCUCUGUUAAAGACGCAAAGAUAGCUGUGUAUUCUUGCCCUUUUGAUGGUAUGAUAACUGAAACUAAGGGCACUGUACUUAUAAAAAAUGCUGAAGAACUGAUGAAUUUCAGUAAGGGAGAAGAAAAUCUGAUGGACUUGCAAGUCAAAGCUAUUGCUGAUACCGGUGCAAAUGUAAUAGUAACAGGUGGCAAAGUGGCAGACAUGGCACUUCAUUAUGCCAACAAAUACAAUCUUAUGUUAGUCAGGUUGAACUCAAAAUGGGAUCUGAGGAGACUAUGUAAAACUGUUGGUGCAACAGCCCUACCCAGACUGACUCCCCCUACUCUAGAAGAAAUGGGUCACUGUGAUAGCGUAUAUUUAUCAGAGGUUGGGGAUACGCAAGUUGUUGUGUUUAAGCAUGAAAAGGAGGAUGGUGCCAUAUCUACCAUACUCAUUCGUGGAUCUACAGACAAUCUGAUGGAUGAUAUAGAGAGAGCAGUGGAUGAUGGUGUAAAUACUUUCAAAGUACUCACAAGGGAUAAGCGUCUUGUUCCUGGAGGUGGUGCAACAGAGAUCGAGUUAGCCAAACAGAUCACAUCUUAUGGAGAGACAUGUCCUGGGCUCGACCAAUAUGCCAUCAAGAAGUUUGCUGAGGCAUUUGAAGCCAUUCCUCGAGCAUUGGCAGAAAACUCUGGAGUAAAGGCUAAUGAAGUCAUCUCCAAACUUUAUGCAGUGCAUCAAGAAGGCAACAAAAAUGUUGGAUUUGAUAUUGAGGCUGAAGCUGCUGCUGUGAAGGAUAUGCUGGAAGCUGGUGUAUUAGACACAUACCUUGGAAAAUCUUGGGGGAUCAAGCUGGCUACAAAUGCUGCAGUGACUGUUCUAAGGGUGGAUCAGAUCAUCAUGGCAAAACCAGCUGGUGGUCCUAAGCCUCCAUCGGGAAAGAAAGACUGGGAUGAAGACCAAAACGACUGAAUAGCUUAACUGUACUUCUAAAGUGACAUGGUUGUAUGAGUUUUGUGAUAUUCCAGUUGGGGCCUGUCAGAUGAUUUUUCUCCCUUACCUUUAAGUUAUGAGACUAUGUCCAGUAGAGUGCAGAACUUUGAUUACUUCAAUAAAUGCACUUGUCAUUAUAAAUA